AUGCUGGAGAUUCAGAAUGAACCACCGGAGCAAACCGUGAAUUUCAUCGGAGAAUCAACAAACUCUCAAUUUCCUCAUAACACUUUCCCCAAUCACGCAACCGCUCCGAUUCCGAAUCCUAACUUCUCCAUCCCUCGCCCUCCUCCUCCUCGCAAACGACCGUGGGGAGCUUCUCCAGAUCAAGUUGAUAUUCACGGUCAUGUGAAAGUUUACGUUGCACCGGUUCCUAGAACAUUAUCUGAGGCUGAUCUCCGACUUGUGUUCGAAGGAUAUGGAACUAUUGUCGAGGUUGUUCUUUUAAGGGAUAAGGCAACGGGAGCUCGACAAGGAAGUUGUUUGGUGAAAUAUUCAACAUUUAAUGAAGCUGAAAUGGCUAUUAAGGCUUUAAGCAAUCAGUAUAUAUUUCCUGGAGAAUUAGUUCCUGUUGUUGUCAGAUUUGCUGAUCGUGAACGUGAACGUUUUGGGCUUCGAGGGGGCUUCUGUCGAAACACAGAAAAGAAAGAACCUCUGGAAGCGGUGGAUAAAAUUUUUGUUAGUUACAUAAACAAAGAGGCUUCAAGACAGGAUAUUGAAGAAAUAUUUUCCCCCUACGGGCAUAUAGAAGAUGUCUAUAUCGCGCGGAAUCGUGGAUAUGGUUUUGUCAAAUUUUCUAAUAGAGAGAUGGCGUUGGCAGCAAUCAAAGGGUUAAAUAAAACAUUCACGAUGAGAGGUUGUGAUCAACCGUUAAUUGUUCGUUUUGCGGAACCUAAGAAAUCUAGGAUGGGAGAAUCAAGGGGCAACUACUUACCUGUAAAUGCAAAUUACGGUCCCAGUUCUCAAGAACCAGCAGUUUGGCCACUGCCGAAUUUUUGUGAUUCUAAUACUGGAGGGAGUGUUGCGCAUACUGCUCCACACCAUUCCAGACUUCCACACCAGCAAGUUAAUGUUCAUAUGCCAAACUGGGAACCUGGGGCUACUGUUCUACAGCAACAAUUUCUUCCCCAACAUGUACAUUCACAAUUGGCUCCAAUGCCUUUGCGGCCAAUUCAACCCCCUAACCUGCCUUCUCAACCAUUUAUUACCGAGGUGCAGAGACAAUUUCAUCCAGCAGAUUUGCCGGUCCAAAAUAUAGAGCAGCAUCUAAGUUCUCAGCUGCCUACUCAGACUGAGCAUACCAAUUUAGUUGUUGUCAGUACCUCGCCUGAUCUUUGUACUAAUCCCGAAGAUGAAGAGUUUCCAGAGUGUGACUGGAGUGAACAUUACUGCCCAGAUGGUAACAAGUACUACUACAACUGUGUCACUUGCGAAAGCAGAUGGGAAAAACCAGAGGAAUAUGACAAGGAAUCACAGAAGCAACACAAGCAAGAUGAUCACAGCAUUCCUUGCCCGCAGGAAUCACAGAAGCAACACAAGCAAGAUGAUCACAACAUUCCUUGCCCGCAGGAAUCACAAAAACAACACAAGCAAGAUGACCACAGCAUAUCUUGCCCAAAGGAAUCACAGAAGCAACCCAAGCAAGAUGAUCACGGCAUUCCUUGCCCGCAGGAAUCACAGAAGCAACACAAGCAAGAUGAUCACAACAUUCCUUGCCCGCAUUUGUCGUUAUCUUCCUCUCAAGAAGUUUCUCAAAAGCAACAGGAAACAAAUCACGAUCACAUGCAGUCAGAAACAAGUCCUGUUGUUGAAAAGGUGUGA